AUGGCUCACGGCAGCCCCGUGUCUGAACUAUACAAGUCCAUUAUCGAAGAUGUGAUUGAAGGUGUGCGGGAACUCUUUGCAGAGGAGGGUGUAGAGGAACAGGUUCUGAAAGACUUGAAGCAGCUUUGGGAAACAAAGGUGACACAGUCUAAAGCAGCAGAAGGCUUCUUCAAGCACAGUCACUGUUCUCCACGGUUCAGUCUGCAGCUGCCACACAGAUCUCAUAGCAUUUUGCAGACUUCAGCAGCUUCUUUUGUCAUCCAAGCUGGCAGAGGUUUUCAGCAUUUCACAGCAGCAAAACUGGGCCCCCCACGAGUGGGUGUGACUUUUGCUCUUCCUUCGUGUGUUGCUUAUCCUUUACAGAUGCCAGCUGGAGUGAUGCUGCAGCCAGCACCAGGACAACUUUACAAGGUGAAUGUGCCUGUGGUGGUCUCACAGGCCUCAGGAGAUGGAAGCAUUCUCCAUUACCCUGUGCAGCAGAUGUUUCAUCCCCUGGAGCAAGCUUCAGUUCUGCAGGCCAGCCUUGCCAGUGUUGCACACGUCAAUGCAUCUGCUGCCCAUGCAGCUGGUGAAGUACUGCAGCCCCAGGAGACCGCUGUCCAGCAGGCUGUGCUGUUUACACCAAGCUGUGUGGAAAAACAACACCUGGAAAACUCUGCUACCUUGGUCCAGCAGCCUUCUGUGAGUCUGCAGGAAUUUGAAAUCAAUACAGUGUUGAAUCAGUGCAGUGAAUCCACAGAAAAAUUCCAGCAUGACAACCUUCACGCAGCUGUGUUUACUCCAGAAUGUUCAGAAGGACUUUUUAUUGAUGAAUCCUUGGCAAGCAGCUCAAGCAGUGUCCUACUGGAUGUGGAGGGGCAGCCGGACAUGGAGCAUCCGGAGCUGCUGCAGCAGCAGGUGUCUGAUGAUAUUAUUGACCUGAUUAUUGCAGGGGAAAGUUUGGAUGAAAGUGCAUUUCUAAAGGAUCAGGGCAGCAUUGCUUCUUCUGACAAGAUGGAACCCACGGAGCAGACGGAAUCUGUUUUGCCGCUAGAGAAAGAUCUCUGCAGUGACAUUGAAGGAAUAAGUCAGCUUGAUGGUACUGGGGAUGUUUCUUCCAAGGAACAAAUACCGCAUACAAAAGACAAAGAAGAGAAUGAAUUCAUUGGCUUUAUUGAUUCAGAGGAUCUAAGAGCUCUGGAUGAUGAGGAAUACUAUGAUGAAGAAUGUGACAGUUCUUCAAACAUGGAGUCCAGCUGCAGUGAUGGGGACAAUGAAGACCUCCAGAUAGAUAUAGUUGAGGAGGACCCCUUAAACUCAGGUGAUGAUGUCAGUGAACAGGACAUUGCAGACUUGUUUGACACCGACAAUGUGAUAGUUUGCCAGUAUGAAAAGAUACAUCGAACUAAGAACAAAUGGAAGUUCUACUUAAAAGAUGGAGUGAUGUCCAUUGAGGGUAAAGACCAUGUUUUUGCAAAAGCCACUGGAGAUGCAGAGUGGUGA